AUGUUCUCUUUCGACUAUUUCCUUUUGUCUUCUACUCUUCCAUGGCUCUCCCAGACCACCCCAUUAAACUUUGCGCUUGAAAUUGCAGAUAAUAACAUUGUCUAUAGAAAUAAGAUACAUCAUUCUGUUCAAAGGCGCGCUCGAGAGCCGGAAAGUGUAGCUGCAGAUCCGACACUUCCUCGCACAAAGUCUGUUCGUUGUUCUCAAUGCAACCAUGGAGAAGCUGUCUUUUUCAAGGUUAGUGAUGUCUCUUCUUCCUUGAUCAUGCAACCUUAUGGCCAGUUCUUUGGACUGCAACGGCCAAAGGGGAAGAAGGCUUGGCACUCACUUUUGUUUGCUGCAACCCAACAUGUGGCAACCGUUGGAGAGACUAGAACUCUAUCCUAG